AUGGCGGGCCAGUGGGAUUCAUGGGGCGAUUGGGGCAAAGGUGACAUGUAUGGCAAGGGCUACGGCAUGGACUGGGGCAAAGGCUACAGUGGCUACGGCAGCUACGGCAGCUACAGCGGCGGCUACGACGGAGGCAAGGGAGGCAAAGGCGACAAAGACAUCAAGGGCUUAGUGAGGUCAAUCAUCCAGGCACAAGCAGUGCCAGACCGGGCAAGCGACGAGAGCACGAUUUUUGUGGCCGGCCUGCCGUCGGACAUGACCAACCUGGAGAUGUACCAGCUCUUCUCGGCCUUCGGCGCCAUUGCGCCCCGGGGUGCCACAGCCCUCCAGGACAAGGAGACGGGGAAGUGCACAGGCAUUGGCUUUGUGAACUUUCUGGAUGUCGAAGCUGCUCAGAAGGCCAUCCGGGCGCUGAACGACUUCCCAUUUGCGGACGGCAGUUGGCUCACCGUUAAGAAGAAGGGCCCGCCAAAAGCGAAAGAUGGCAAAGGAGAAAGCAAGGGCAAGGGCGAGAAAGGUGACAAAGGCAAAGGGAAGAAGAAUGACAAAGGGAAAUGA